AUGGCUUCUCUUCGCAUGGUUGUGCUCGGCUCUGCCGUAGCCAGUGUCCAAGCCGUCGCCGGCAUCGAGAUGCCCGGCGACGCCGCGGAUGCAGUUCCCGACGUCGUCGCCACCACCACCGAUGCCGCCUCCUUUCUGACCAUCGACUGCCCUACGCCUACAACAGUCACCCAAGGCGACAUCACGAUCACCGUCACCGCUUCCACUAUUCUGACCAUCCCCGUGACCGGGUUUGCCAGCCCGACCGGCGAUUCCCUCGCGCCUCUCAGCGAUCCUGCUCCUGCUCCUGCUCCUACCAGUGCCAGUGACCCCGUUGCCCAGCCUGACGGCGUUCCUAACGAGGCUACCGGCGUGGGAGCUAGUUCUUCUCAGCUUGACAGCGUUCCUGCUCCUGCUCCUGCUCCUACCAGUGCCACUGACCCUGUUGCCCAGCCUGACGGCGUUGCUAACGAGGCUGGCGACGUGGGAACUGGUUCUUCUCAGCUUGGCGACGUUCCUAGCGAGCCUAGCGACGCGGGAGCUGGUUCUUCUCAGCUUGACGACGUUCCUAGCGAGCCUAGCGACGCGGGAGCUGGUUCUUCUCAGCUUGGCGACGUUCCUAGCGAGCCUAGCGACGCGGGAGCUGCUUCUGCUCAGCCUGUCGGCGGCGCCGCCGUGCCCUCUGGCAACUCGACCACGGUCCCCGUUACUGCCGGUGCCGGUGCCGUGGCCCCCGUCCAGCUACUCCUCGCCCUGGGCGCUAUUGCCUUGCUGUAA